AAAAAAAAAAACCUUGGUUGAACACAUCAUUAUCAUCUCUCUUGAUUCUGCUAUCGUUCGUCCCUCAGGACCCUCACCGGUGAAGCUGAUGGCAUUCCCUUUGCCAAUCUCUAGCAGCCAAAUUUCGGUCUCGUCUCAGGGUUGCAGUAAAUUAUCAGAUAUGAGCAUUUCUGGGGUUUCCACGCGUUUUGGCUUCCUAAAAUCGAGUAGUUCUGUCAAGGAACAAUCUAAAACUCAACUCCUAUGUUCAAGAAUCGACAGUGGCAAUGUCAGGAGUAUGAAAUUUCAGAUGUCUGUAGGCGACCUGCUGAGAAUGAGGGCUCAACAAGAAACAACGGAAGUCAGCAUUCAAGAUCUCUUACGUUCAAAGAGUUGAUGGACGGAUUGAGGAGAUAUGGGAUUUCUGGAAUAUUGUCUUAUGGGCUGCUGAAUACCAUCUAUUAUCUUACCACAUUUCUCAUUUUCUGGUUUUAUGUUGCUCCAGCUCCUGGAAGAAUGGGUUAUGCUGCAGCUGUUAAGAGAUUUAUCAAAGUAAUGGCGAUGGUUUGGGCUGGAAGUCAAGUAACCAAGCUUGUCAGAGCUGGAGGGGCUGUAGCACUUGCACCAACAGUUGAUAAAGGAUUGUCAUGGUUCACAAUGAAGUUCAAGUUUGAGUCUCAGGGAAAGGCAUUUAUGGCAAUUGUGGGUCUCUGUUUUGGGUUGGCUCUUAUGCUAUUCCUUUUGGUGACACUGCUUUGGGCUUGAUUAUUUCUUCUAGUUGUCCUCACAUGGAAUAAUGGUGGUUUAUUCGCUCUUGAAACACCGGCAUCUUGUCAUUUCUCUGAAUAUAUUACUGUGAUAUGGUUAGAAAAGGUUGAUCUUCAGUUCUCAGUUUUAGCUCUGCACUAUCUCCUCCUACGAGUUACUGUUUUUGAAUAUAUUCAAUUUUCAGAUUGUGUUGCGGCAUCAAGUUAUAGACGAGAUUAG